GAGUUACUAUAGCAACAAUACAGGAGAUGUAUGAAGAAGAAGGAGAGCAAUUGGCUGGCUCCUACGCCAUAUUCUUUGCAGAAGGAGACAGUCUAGCUAAACAAGGAGAAUAUGCAAAGGCUAUAGAGUCUUUUUCUAAAGCUCUUGAAUUCCAACCAGAAGAUAGGGCUUGUCUUGUUUCCCGCUCCAAGUGCUACCUUCAACUGGGAGAUACUGCAGCAGCACUAAAAGAUGCAGAAACAUCAUUAAAAGAGGACAGCAAAUAUCAUGGAGGUCUUUAUAGAAAGGCUGAGACAUUGUAUAGAAUGGGAGAUUUUGAACAUGCUUUGAUGUUUUAUCAUCGUGGCAGUAAAAUCCGACCAGACCUUAACGAGUUUAAGCUAGGAAUACAAAAAGCUCAAGAAGCUAUUUCCAACUCAAUUGGAACACCAGAAGCAUGCAAGCUAGAUAAGACUGGUGAUCUCUCUUUCUUUAAACAGCAAGAUACAGUGGGAAAGAAAAAGCAAGCCAAAACUCAAAAAGCAGCCCAUCAUCAAAUCAAAGCAAAGCAAGGGCCAGUUGCAUCAGAAAAGACAAUGAAAGAGCUUUUAGGAGAACUAUAUGCUGAUCGUGAAUAUUUGGAAAGGCUAUCCAAAGAUUCAAAAAUAGGCAAAAAUGAUAGCAGCAUUUACACUUUGAUUAACGAGGGUGUGACAUAUUUGGAUUCUCGUGCUGAGUUCUGGAGGCAACAGAAACCAAUGUAUACCAGAAAGAGAGAAAAGAUACUGAGAAGAUGGAAGCCGCCUCCAACAAGGCCACUGAAUCCUGGUUCUAGGCAUGCCAAAUCAGGGAAAGAUCAGUUUUCUGAUCAUACCAAGUUUGUUUUGAAAGCUCUUGAAGAUAUAGACAACAGCCUGGCCAAUGGUGAUGCUGAAAAAAGUUUGUCCGAAGCAGAGCAGACUAUGAUGACAGUGAUGUCCUUAACUGAUGCUGACCUUCCAAAUAGGAACCAGUUCAUUGCUACGCUACAUUCCAGCCUUGGGAAUGCAUACUUGGAGCUGGGACAGACCGAUCAAGCUCUGGAGCACUUUCAAAAAGACAUGAAAAUUGCAGAAGAGGAAGGAUAUGACGAUGCAUUAGGCAGAUCAUUGUAUAAUCUUGGACGUGUUUACUCCAUCAUGGGAAAAUAUGAGGAAGGAAUUCAAUUUUGGUUAAAGCGUGUUCCUCUCCUAAAAACGUCAGAAGAGAGUGCAUGGCUGUUCCAUGAAAUUGGUCGAUGCUAUUGGGAAGCAGGGAACUACACUGAAGCAAAGGAAAACGGAGAAAAGUCAUUAAAAGCUGCUGAAGAGAGCCACGACCAGUUCUGGCAACUAAAUGCAAGCAUGCUAAUUGCACAAACUGAAGUUAAACUUGGAAACCUACCUCAUGGUUUAUCAUGUUUUAAGAAUUGUCUGACAUUAGCAGAGGUUCUUGAUGAUACAGACUCUCAGGAAGCAAUAAAGAAAGCUAUAGAAGAAGUGAACACUCAAAUAGUUGAUAAUAUACAACAGCCAACAGCUAGUCAGGAUUAAUAUGAACAAUAUUGUCGUUAAAACAUAAAAAAAGUAUAAAGAUAA